CGUUAGGCCUCCACCGAUAAAAAUGUUUGUCACGAGCAAAAUCACGCUGUAUUCGUGCAUAAUAGAUCGUGAUUUGAACCGAUUAAAAAAAUGACCGAAAAGUGAGUUUGUGUUUAAAACUACUAAAAGAAUCGUUCACAUAACGGGAAUUAAUUAUGUUAGAAGAAUCAUGACAAGCAUGUAUCAGUAACCGCUGAAGACACGUGAAACGUUUUAAGGACUGGCUAGGCCGUGAAGACCAAGAACAAAACUUUGAAUAGAUGCCACCAAGGGAGCUUGACAUGAAUAUAGCUCGAUAUUUCAUGAGUGUUAAGCAUAACAAGACCAAUAAGGAUCUUGAACCUGGGACUCUGAAAGGAAUUCAGGGCAGUAUGAAGCGAUAUCUGAGUGAUAAGGACUACCCCCAUGAUAUCAUGACAGAUAAACUGUUCAAGCAUUCCAGGGAGAUGCUUAGAGCUAAAGGUGUCGACCUGAAGGAGAAUAGCCUGGGUAAUCGGGCGAAGAGGGCAGAUCCUUGCACGUGGGAUGAGAUACAGAUGCUCUACCAGAAAAAGCUUCUUGGAUCAGAUUCUGCACAAUCGCUUAAUUAUCAAUGUUAUUUGGCUCAAUAAUACCAUGCAUUUCGGAUUGAGGGGACGCCAAGAACAUAUAAAUAUGCUGUGGGGUGAUUUGGAGAUGGGCAACUUGGCAGAUGGAACUAGGUACGUGUCCUACACGGAGAGAGCCACAAAGACUAGGAAAGGCAUCAACACAGAUCCCAGGAUGUUCAAACCAAAGAUAUUUGAAGAACCAGAAUUGCGAGAUAGCAGCAACAGCAGGGGUCAGCAUCAUGUCAAAUGUCACCAGAUACAUAACUCUGUUUGGUAUCGUCGCUUUCCUUGGGACGUAAUAGUUACUGAUGUAAACUGCAACGCUAUAUUCCAUGGAGAUAUAAAUGAAAUAAAACGUUCAGAGAACAUUACACAAAUUAGAAACUUCCUGUAUCCCCAAAAGUACUCAGAAAUGACAAAGAAUUGCUCAUAUUUUAAACGUCUGCGUGGAUAUAUUAAUCAUCAUUUAACAGAAGUUGAACGUGACUUUCCAAUAGCGUUCAGUCUUCUAAUUUACAAAGACAUUGAACAAUCGGAGAGACUUUUACGCGCCAUUUACAGACCACAGAACUUUUAUUGCAUACACGUUGACUCCAAAACAGAUCAAGCCACAUACGAUGCUAUGUCUUCAAUUGCGAGGUGCUUUGAUAACGUGUUUAUGACAUCAAAACGAUUUAACGUUCAGUGGGGUACAAUGACCGUUCUCGAGCCAGAUUUGCUCUGCAUGGGAGAGCUUUGGAAAAAAAGUUCAGCGUGGAAAUACUUUAUUAAUCUGACUGGACAAGAGUUUCCACUGAGAACAAAUUACGAACUUGUACGCAUUUUACAGGCAUACAAUGGAUCAAAUGAUAUUGAGGGAACUUUCAAAAGAGCCAACAGGGAUCGAUGGCAGAAGGCCGGUGCACCACCACACAACAUCACGGCGUUUAAGGGGUCUGUGCAUGUUGCGGUCAAUAGAGGCUUUGUGGAUUUUUUACUGCACGAUCAGCGAGCCCAUGACCUCUUAAACUGGACGCGACAGACGCAGGUGCCCGAUGAAACGUUCUUUUCUACGCUCAAUCAUAACCCUCAUCUUGGUGUACCGGGUUCUUAUUUAGGGGUACCCGAGACGGACGAUGCAAUAAAGCCAUUCAUGGCGCGAUUCAAGGAUUGGGGCGAAAGAGAGUGUCAUGGCAAACGCGUUCGUCUCGUCUGCGUCAUAGGAACAGGAGAUCUGCCGGAUCUGGCUAGGAGCAAGAAGCUCUUCGUGAACAAAUUCCACCAGAACUUCCAUCAUUAUGGUUACGAUUGUCUUGAGGAGCUCAUCGCAAACCGCACCCGAGAUAUUUACCUCGGCGAUCUCGCGUUUGAUUCCAGAUAUUACGGGACUUUUGGCUUUGUUAAGAACAAAAUAUAAUGCAACAUGGAAAGCAUGUUAGUUUGCGUUUAGUUGUAUGCGUUAAUUUGUAUUAAUAAUUAUGUAAAUGUGAAAUAAAUGAAUUGUUUAUAUAUAUUAUAUUUACAUUGGUUGGAACGCUUUAAAACAAUGAAUCAUGGAUAUAUUUAAGAAAUAAAAAAAAAAGGAUAUUGAUUAUAAAAAAAAAUUAUUUUGUUUUUUCAUCAAGUUCAAUAGCUAAGGAAAUAUGAUGUGGUAUUUACAUAUUGCAUUUUGUUAAAUGCGUUGUAAAUUUUUUUGUAAGAUAAGCCAUAUUGUGAAACCAAAUAUACAAUGAUAUCUUUUCUUCACAUCAUGCUUAACGCAUUUAAACUUAGUGGACUCUCCCUUCCUUCUAAAUAGGAUCAGUUGAAGUCGUGUAAAAGCCGGAUCAGCUGAUUUUGCGUUCAAUUUAAAUAUAAAAAUAGAUUGUUUUACAGAUUUUAGGAAAAUGUGGUAUGAAAAACAGAAAAACAGGUUACUGUCCCAUCGUUUGGAAUAUAUCAGGCUCGGCAUGAAUAAAAUAACGGCUCGGCAAGCCUCGCCGUUAUAUUAUUCUUAUCCUCGCCUGAUAUGUUACAAAACGAUUCGAAAGUAACCUGUAAUUAUCUAUAUAUGCAUAACAAUCCAUUUUUUAUAUUUCAAAUGUAAGGAUCCCCGCUGAUUUUGCUGAUCCGGCUUUUACACGAAUAAUCGCUUAUUUUAAACAUCGAAUUAAAAAAGUUGUUUGCACUACAAAUGGGAAGAGUACACCCGUUUUAAUUACAAACGUAUUGAAUUGGAGAUCAGGAAUGGACUGCAGCGACAAAUAUAAUCGAAGAACAUACGUCAACGAAUAGUUUGGAGACGCAAAUUUGUAGAGUGUGUCAAUAUAAACAUGAGCGUGUUAAUUCGUUUAAAUAGUUGAGGAUUAGCAUACAGUUAUCAUUUGUCUUGACUUUCUGUGCAACACUUGCGAGUGCAAUUACUUUAUUGAUACUUAAGAUUUAUUUCCAAUUGAUGACGUCAUUUAACUUCUGUAGUGCAGCCUGUGGUGACUUUAAAAAAAUAAACGUUUUUGUGAUUAAUAACUUUAAACUAGAAUAAAAUAUGUACGUUCCUA